CUCCCAUGCUGCCUGCAAGCUGACAUUUACAAAUUUUUCUAUUGUUAUUCCUGUUCCCUUUCCCUUGACUUCAGUCUACCUUUCUGUCCUCAACUUGUGAAUCCCUUGGGGCAGUGAUUUUCCUUCUUCAGGGUUUUGAAAACACCUAGCGCACAGCGGAUGCUACUUCAAAUAAAUUAAUAAGAAUAUUGGCAGUAUUUAGUACACAGGAAAAGCAAUGCUGGGGCUCAAGAGUGAAAGACAAGGACCUUCACACUGGGAAAGUUGGCUCUAAACUACUGGAGAUCACCUGAGGCAAAAGUUCAAUUUAUCAGUAGUUCCCUGUCACAAUAUAAAGAAACAAAGGAAAAAGAAGGAAUCCAGUAGUUCCUGUUAAGUGGUUAGUGACUACUACAGUUAACUUCAUUUAAAUUACAGUCUGAGCAAUACACACGCACACACUCCUCACCAGCGCUCUUUGUCCAAGGACUUCAAAGAUGAUGGGCAUCUCUUUAUUUUUGCUUUUUUUCAAUGCAACUCUGAGCAUAAAAAUCUGCUCCUUCAAUGUGAGGUCUUUCAGAGAAGCAAAAAGUGCCAGACCUGAUGUCUUAGACGUCAUUGUAAAGGUUAUUUCUCGCUGUGACAUCAUGCUACUGAUGGAAAUAAAGGACAACAGCAACAAGAUAUGCCCUCUUUUAAUAGAAAAACUCAAUGGUCAGUCCCAAGAAGAAUGUGACUACGUGAUCAGUAAAAGGUUAGGAAGAAAGUCCUAUAAGGAACAAUAUGCUUUUAUCUAUAGAUCAAAUGUGGUGUCAGUGAAGGAAACCUAUCAGUAUCCAGAUAUUCAGCCUGGAGAUGUAGAUGCUUUUUCUAGAGAACCCUUCAUUGUCUGGUUCAAGUCUCCAAAAACUGUUGAAGAAUUCGUGAUAAUCCCUCAGCACACCACACCUGAAACAGCUGUGUGGGAAAUUAAUGAGCUUUAUGAUGUGUAUUUAGAUGUCAAACAGCGCUGGAAAUCUAAGAAGGUCAUCUUCAUGGGGGACUUCAAUGCUGUCUGUGGUUAUGUUCCAAAGCAGCCCUGGAAGAACAUCAGGCUGAGAACUCACUCAGAGUUUGUGUGGCUAAUUGACGACAAAAAUGAUACCACAGUUAGGAACAGCACAAACUGUGCAUACGACAGAAUUGUGAUCCAGGGUGAAAAGCUCAUCAGUGCUGUUGUCCCAAACUCAGCUGAUAUCAUUGAUUUUCAAAAGGCCUUUGGAAUGACUGAAGAGCAGGCUCUGGAAGUUAGUGAUCAUUUUCCAGUAGUGUUUGAGCUGAAAACUGCUUGGGGUUUCCCCUGUGGACUAAGGUCACUUGGUGCAAAGAAAAGAAAAAUAAGAAAUCUCCACCAUUUGUCGUCUUAGACACAUAGGAUU